AUGUACCUUGAACCCCUCCAACGCGACGGCUUCGUCGUCGUCCGCAACCUCCUCACCCCAGCCGAGGUAUCGCACUACCGCACCGUCGCAACACACGCAACAACCCUAACACGCGCCGGCUCCUGGCCACACUUCCGCACCGUCCCCAAACAAUUCCCCCCAUGGCCCACAACCGCGCCCCCAGCCUCCGAAGGCGGAAUCUGGGGCGUGCAGCACCUAAUGCACCCAGAGAUGCCCGGCCGAGACGCCUUCGCCGCCUGCUACUUCUCGCCCUCAAUACUAGCCGUUGCCGAAGAGCUGAUGGGGGUUGAAGGCAGCGGGAGCGAACCACUCGUUAUGGAGCUGUUUAAUUUGCUCGUUGCGCCGGAGACGAAGGACUUUGAGCUGCGGUGGCACCGGGAUGAUAUCUCUGAGCUUGCGACUGCGGAGGAAGAAAUUGAGCAGUUGAAGGCUAAGGCGCCUGGGGGUCGUCAGUUGCAUUGUCAGUAUAAUUUGGCGUUGUGUGAGGAUGCGUCGUUGGUGGUUGUGCCGGGGACGCAUGGGCGUGCGCGCACGCAGACGGAGCGCGAGGCGGAUCCGUAUGCGGCUGUUUUGCCGGAUCAGUUGGUUGUGGAGUUGGGGCCUGGGGAUGCGGUGUUUUAUAAUAGUAAUAUUUUGCAUCGUGGGGUCUAUAAGGGGAAGGAGGAGGGUGGGGAGGAGACGAGGUUGACGCUGCAUGGGAGUAUUGGGUUGAAGGCGGAUGAUGAGAAGAAGAAGGUGAGGGCUACGGCGGUGUUGCAGCAUGGUGUUGGGGCUUGGGUGCAUCGUGAGGAUGCGGCGUUUGGGCUUGGGGAGAGGCCGGAGAAGAUGAGGGCUAAUUUGGUUGAGAUGGGGACUGGGGAGGGUGUUGGCUUCUCUUUGCAGGGAUAG